AUGGUUUUCGCACCAAACGACAUAAAAUGUGUCUGGAAGCGCAGUCAACUGGCUGAAGUGGAUGACGCGUUAAUAAUUUUGCUAAUGGCAGUUACACAAAUAUUAACUUUCCCCAGUACUUAUGGGUAUUACAUUAAACCAAAAACUGAGGAAUCAAAACACCUCUACAAUCAGAGGAACGUUUAUCAACAAAAGUUAGGACUUUCAUCUGAAAGAGUUGAGUUAUUAAAGUCAGAAAAGGAUCAAGCAGAUUCAAUGGAUAUUCGGAAUCGUAUUAUUGGAGAGAAUUCUAAAUACGUAGUAAUGAAUGCGAAAAAAGGAACUCGGCAAAGCUCAUUAUUAGAAAAUAUGAUAUUAUCUAAACAAUUGUUAAAGACCUCAUUAAAAAAACUCAAUGAGGAUGACGAAAAAUCAAAUAAGGAUUUUAAACGUUCGCGAAGAAAAAUUGCUGUUAGGAUGGUUUCCGAUAUGCCAACGGAGCAAAUUGACGAACUUAUUAAGCUCUUUAAUCAUCAACAUGGUAUCGAUCAUUCAGAUUCAAAUAAAAGCAAUGAGUUAGAAGACAAUUAUGAUGACAGUGAUUAUGAUUCAAUUACUUCAAUGCCCCUAAGAACUCCAAACGUUGAUUAUGUGUACGAAAAUUUAUAUGAAGAUGAUCAGGAUGCUACAAUAUCAUCAAAAACAAACAGUGAGGGAGAGUUUAAGUCACUUCAAGAUCUUAUAAUGCAGGCAACUCAAGCCCAGUGGAAUUGA